AUGUGUGCUCAACGAACAACUCCCAGUAUUAGUACUUCAAAACAUGGUCUUAUUCUCCUUGGAAAUUCAGGUGUUGGUAAAUCCUUCAUUGGCAAUGUUGUACUUGGUCGAGAUGUUUUCGAACAUGAAUGUAGCUCAUCAAGUGUAACACAUGAGACUGAAUUCGAAGAUUAUACUGUUGGCAAUUCAUCAUACGCUGUAUUCAAUAUUCCAGGUCUGAUCGAAGCUGAUCAAGAGGCUGUUGAUCGCAACAAGGCUGAGAUUUACAAAGCUUUUCAACAACGACCAAACUCUGUUAUCGCAUUUGUCUUCACCGGUGGUUCUGGAGGACGUAUUCGCGACGAAGAUGUUAUCGCUUUUAAAGCUAUACAUGCUGCUUACAACUUUCAAUCAGAUUCAUUACUUCUAAUUGUGAAUGAUUUACCUCUUAAUCGUUCACCAAAAUAUGAAGGUGCAACAGCCAUUAAACUACAAGGUCUCGUGAAUAUUCCAAAUGUCAGAAUCUGUUUCUUGGAUCGAAUCAGUCAGACAGAAUUACGCAGUAACGAAACUAAAGGUGAAAAGAAACAUGGAUUGGAUAAACUAGAACAGAAACUUGCGGGAGCAAAAAGUUUUUUAAAACAGUACAGUGCUUCGAUCGAAAAACGUGCACCGGGACUGGGAAAAAUGUUGCAAACAAUACCACAGCAGACUGAACGAGAGAAAAUGCGUCAAAAAUUGAUUGAAGCAAUAAUUCAAUGCACACCUCAUCCUCACGAAAAGCAGGCCGAGAUUCAAUUGACUGUCGAUGAGCUGAAAAAUCUUACGGAGGAAUCGAAGAAAAUGCAGCAAGCAAUGGAACAAGAAUUGCUUAAACGACAAACGGAUAUCGAUGAACAGCAAAAGAAAUUCGAUCAAUUAAAACAGGAAUUAGACGCAAAACCACGCGAAAUACAUCAUUAUCACGAGAAAAUCGUCGAACGCUCAGGUGGUGGUAUCUGCACUAUUUCUUAA